AUGAUGAUCGAUGGUGGAAGCUGCAUGAAUGUGAUUUCAAAAUUAGUUUCAGAAAAAUUGGGUUUGAAAAUUGAAGCUCAUCCCAAUCCAUACAAAGUUUCUUGGGCAAAUGCAGCAACGAUGUCUAUAAGCCAUAGGUGCUUAGUCUCUGUCAAUAUUGCAAACUAUGAAGAAGAAAUCUGGUGUGAUAUCCUACCUAUGGAUAUUGCCUAUAUUUUGUUAGGAAGACCUUGGUUGUAUGAUCUUGAUGUUUCACACAAUGGUCGAACCAACACCUAUAUCUUUGGGUGUAAUGGAAAGAAGAUUGUCUUGAGUCCUCUAGAGCCUAAAAAGGAAAAACAAGACAAGGAAAAUAAAAGCUUGAAAAGAAAAGAGAAGGUUGGAACAUCUUUGCAUAUUCUAAGCAAAAAGCAAUUUGAGCAAGGGAGUAAAGAGGCACAAGUUGUCUAUGUCGUGGUAACCAAGGAAAAUGACACCUCUACUCUUGAACAUGAGAAACCAUAUGAAGUGUCACCCAUACUUGCUAAAUUUGAGGAUGUUAUCUCUAAACCUCCAAAUGAAUUGCCUCCCAUAAGAAACAUUCAGCACGUUAUAGAUCUUGUUCCAGGAUCAUCUUUACCUAAUUUUCCUCAUUAUAGAAUGAAUCCCAAAGAAUAUGAGGAACUGAAAAGGCAAGUUGAUGAGUUGAGAAGUAAGGAUUUAUUUAAGAAAGCAUGA